GCUGAACCGGAAUAAUACAAUGUUGUAAUUUUUACUCUGCCCAUCACAACAAAUCUGAGAGGAUCCAAUGAAUUAGCAGAUAUCUGUUAGACGGAGAAAUAUUGUCAUGUUUAGAGUACUCUAGAGUGGAUUCACAGAGAGAAAAUGAGUUCGUCACAAGAUCGACAAGGGACAAAGAGACCUGCAUCCCCUGAUGAAGCAGGGGCGACACAGUGGGAAACGGCAGACCUGGGCACAGAUGAGAGAAAACAGAAGUUUCUGCGACUGAUGGGUGCAGGGAAGAAGGAACACACUGGACGGCUUGUCAUUGGAGAUCACAAGUCUACUUCUCACUUCCGCUCCGGGACGGAAGAUCAGAAGAUGAACUCAGAGCUGGAGCAACAGUACCAGCAGAGCUUGGAUGGGGUGCUGUCAGGACGCAAUCGCAGGCACUGUGGCCUGGGAUUCAAUGAGCCUGACCCACCUCCAGUAACUCAGAGUCCUGCUGAGACAGACAACCCCAGCAGCCCCAAACCUUCCACAGACGCUUCCAAGCCACAGGAACCUAGUGACAAGAGUCCCCCUCCCCCCUCAGAGGAGAGCAGUGAGGACGAGUCUGAGGAAGAGUCUGAGGAAGACGGAGACGACAAGAAGAACAGCUUCAAAAUGACAUUUAUGAAGUCAUCCUAAAGAGGAGAGAGAGCGAGAGAGAGCAUCCAUUUUUCUAGAUGUGAACUGACAGACUCCAAAUUGUGUUCAUGUUUCCUUAGCAGUCAAUGAUGUUUUGUUUGUAAAAUUCUGUUCUGUUUUGUUGGACUUUUUUAAACGACAUUCAUAAAGUUGAAGGGUACAGAAUUUUUUUUAUCUGGUCCGUGUGAUCCAUUUUCUUUCUUUGAUUUUUGUGCCCACCCUUCCCCAACACAUGUGACUCACAGGUGCACUAUGCGGACCCAGGUUCAGUGAUCUCAAGAGCUCCCAGUUCUCCCUGAGAGCUCAUUCUUGAAUCUCAUCAGUCAUUGUUGAAAGCCAUCCCUGUCAUCAAUAAAAGUAAAAUGCUA